AUGGAGUUUGAACUCCAGUCAAUGAGCAAGAACAGAUGUAAACCAAUAGGAUGCAAGUGGGUUUACGAGACCAAAAGAAACUCAAAGGGACAAAUAGACAGAUACAAGGCAAUACUAGUAGCAAAAGGGUUCACACAACAAGAAGGAGUGAAUUACAAUGAAACGUUCUCACCUAUGUCAACCAAAGAUUCCUUAAGGGUUAUAAUGGCAUUAGUGGCACAUUUUGAUCUUCACCUUCAUCAAAUGGAUGUUCAAACUUCAUUUUUGAAUGGAAACCUUAUUGAAGAAAUCUACAUGAAACAACCGGAUGGUUUCAUUCAAAAAGGGGAAGAAGAUUUGGCUUCUAGGCAGUGGUACUUGAAGUUUGAUGAAGUGGUGAAGUCUCAAGCAAGCAGUAAUCUGUCACUACUACAUGACACUAAGAGAAUGCUAUCAAACCAUUUUCAGAUGACUGAUUUGGGAGAAGCAAACUAUGUGUUAGGAAUUGAAAUAAGCCAAGAUAGAGAAAGGGGGUUACUUAGUCUAUCACAUAAGAGAUAUAUAGAAAGGAUACUGAAAAGGUUCAACAUGGAAAACUGCACAGGUUGUGAUGUUCCAUUCUCGAAGGGUGAUAAAUUGAGCAGUGAACAAUCUCCCAAAACUGAGCAAGAGAAGUUGGAGAUGCAGGACAAGCCCUAUGCCUCACUUGUUGGAAGCUUGAUGUAUGUUCAAGUUUGCACAAGGCCAGACCUUGCUUUCAGCAUUAGUGUUCUUGGAAGAUUUCAAUCCAAUCCGGGAGGAGCAGUGGCUUGGAAAAGUGUCAAACAACAAUACAUAUCAACCUCAACCAUGCAGGCUGAGUUUUUAGCAAUUUAUGAAGCGACCUCAAUAGCUAUGUGGCUUAAAAAAUUUAUGUCAAUGUUAAAAGUCGUGGAUUCUAUACAAAGGCCAAUCCAAUUGUGGAAUGACAACAAUGCUGCAGUGUAUUUUGCAAAAGGAAAUAAGAGGUCAGGAAGAUUAAGACACCUGCAGUUAAAGUUUUUAUCAGCCAAGGAAAAGAUUUGA